UGUUGAUUAGAUUAUUAAUCACGGACACUGUCAAUAUUUACAGCUUGACCUGAACUUGGAGAGACUGCGAAUGGCUAUUGAUGACUUGCUUGUCAAGCUUGCUAAUUUGUUCCCAAAACAAAAGCUGCAGACUGUAUUUCUGAUAAAUAACUACUACAUGACAAUUGCUGUACUAAAAGCUGAAGCUGUUCUGGAUGGUGCGAAAAUUCGAAUGCAAUUUGAAGAGUUGCCGAAGGAUAAUACAGCCAUUUUUGUGGUAGUUAUACAAAUCAUUGCUUUAAAUGUCUAUUUGUUUCAAGAAGUUAUCUUGAUAUCAAAUUAAGGCCACCAUUUUAAUUUUUUAA